AUCACGGCCGUGUCUCUCUCUAGGGUUCAAUUAAAAAGUCUUUGAAUGAUGAAGCCACCUACGGAGGAGGCAGCUGCUGCCCCGAUAACGGUCUACUGGGACAUAAAGGGGUGUCCGGUUCCUGAUGGCUAUGAUCCCCGUCGGGUGGAUCCGUGUAUCAAACGGUAUUUGAGGAAUUUAGGCUACUCUGGUCCUAUCACCAUCACCGCCGUUGGCGUACUAUCAGAGGUCCCUAAAGACAUCCUAGAAGCGGUCUCUACCACUGGAAUCUCUCUUCUUACCUGCGCCUACGAUCCCACAGACAUGAUUGAUCUUUCCCUCGACUAUUUUCAAUUGGAUCCAACUCCAUCUAAUAUGAUGGUCAUAUCAAGUCUACCAGACUAUGUUCCUCCAAACUUCGUCAAUGAAAACGGACGUGGUGGAUAUUACGAUAUUUUCCCGUUUCCGUUUGACUCUACUCCAGAAGCCGCUGAGUAUCUCUGGAAAUACUCUCUCCUGGGUCUGGCUGAUCCAAGUGUACUUGUUGAGGAGGAUAACUGCAAUGACACAAGUGGUGAAUCUGUCCGCUGGGUUUGCCCUGCUUGCCAUGAUCUGCUUGGCCAAGGCUUUGAAAAUUUCAUCACUCACCUCUCUUCUCCGGAACAUGAACAUGAGGUAUAUAUUAAAAAGCCAUCCUUGCCCAACUUGGAAAAUGGGUUAACCCCCGUGGUCCGUCCCUUUUUGAAGCCAUAG